CACAUAAAUCACGAUGCUAUUUGGAUGAACAACUUUUCAAUGUUUUCAUUCCUGUUAAGCUGAGACACAGGAGCCUCAGGCAAUAAACUGACACACGCACUAGAAGUAAGCAGAGGGUGGCGUUUGGUGACAGGGGCAAGGCACAAAGGUUGAAUCUUGCUCGGCUGUUGGGAGUUGUGCGGGAGGAGCUGGGUUCUGAUCCCAGCCAUAACUGCAGCAUGGAGAACGUAGACAAGUGAGUAAAUAUGAUUCUGGAAGGCUGGUGGCUGAUUCGGGGGGCAGGGGGACUAGGAGCAACCAGGGGACCAGAUGGUUAACCAUCCCUCUUUUGUGAGAAUUCCAUGUGUGCGAAGGCUCUUAGCAAGCCUGUAUUAACACCUUCAUGACAGAUGAUGAACCAGGAUAAUAGUCUUUGCCUAACAACUUGUGCUCAGUCCAAUAUACUGACGUUUCUGUAUAAAACCAUUAGGUUUAUUUUAUGCAUUACAAUGUUAGCACUUUAGGUACCAGCACACAAUAUGUGGAGUGUUUCAGACAUGGAGGCACGUUACGGAUCUACAAACACGAUUUAUCUUUAUCCUGAUGAAAGUCCCAGGAGGGACUGAAACGUCGAUCUCUGGAUUCUAUGUAGUUUGAAUAAAGAAAGUGCACCUAUUCAAGGCCCUGAGUGUAGCCAAAUUUUUGUAUUUUACAAACACACAGUUUAAUAGACAUGCCUGCAUUUUAUUUAUUUUUUAAAUUAUUUUCUGUUGUGCAUGGUAUGACAAUGGGCUUACCCAGCCACAAUAGCAGUCACAAAUAAUAAGGUAACGAACAGUUGAAACAUAACGCGGCAUAUGAACAGACAGCACAUGUUUAGUUUUUAAAAGAGUCAAAAUAAACAAUAGGUAAUCGUAGCUUAAUUCCUGUUUCUAUCUAACAAACAGUAUUUUAAUGGUUUUGCACCUAGCUUGACACACUAAAGGUACUAUAUCUGCUUAAACCUUAGCUGUUCUUUUCUUAAAUGUUUGCAUAUAACAGUCGCUGAUUUUUUUAGCUUUUUGAGAGGAACUAUAAACAGUGGGUAAACGUAGCUUAAUUCCUGCUCCUAUCUAAUAAACAGUAAUAUAAUGGCUUUGCACACAGCUUGACAUAUUAAAAGGGUUAUAUCUGUAUGUUUGGUAUAACAUCCUAUUCAUCAGCUCGUGUGUAUAUGCUAAGUGAGAGAUAGAGCCUAUUCAUUAGCAUGAAUGAAGUAUACUUGUAUCCCCUUACAAAAGUCAAGAUGAGCGAACUAAGUAAAAAGAACUUUAACAAUGUAAAAAUGGUAGGAUAGCGUCCCUCGUGUGCGAGACUUGCAUGUUAUCACCUCCGAGGUUCAGGGAAUGACCAGUGGACCCCCGCUUAGCCUAUGCCCUCUAGGGGGCGGACAGAGUCCCGUGACCAGGGUAAGCGCUCCUUGCUGCGGUAGGACUUUUCAAUGAUGCCCCCGCGUUGGGGGUCCACUCUGGUUUUGACCCACAAUGUGUGCAGCCGCUCAGCUACUCGAUGUGCAGCGUGGACUGCAGCAGGUAAGGUCGUGCUGCUUUGAUUACUGCCUGUCAGGUCUGGUGCGGUGCGUGCGUAUCUUCUGUGCGUUCCUCCCAGUGACGGACCAUCAUCAUCAGGUAUGCAGGAUGUCAGACUAGUGUCCUUCUGCACCUUUACUUGCCAGAUCCCAGAGGCUGUCGCCUUGCUCCUUUUGCCGCUUGUCGGGUCUCCGGUUACCUGUUGUCCGCUAAUUUCUCGCAGCUUCCGUCUCACUGGGAGACUCGGUGCCCGAGGUGACUUUGCCUUCUUUUGUUUGGUUCUACUUAGGUGAGUGUGCUUUCGGGUGUCGGGCACCAUCACUGGGGACAGUAAAGCUUCCAGUUUCUCCCAGAAUACUUAGAAAGCCCUGUCUAGUCGGUGCUCCACCCCUGGCUGCUUGCUUAGGAUCCUGAAGGAGCUUGCUACCUCCACAAUUUUAGGAGCUUCUUCCACCGAGUUUCCCCUUAGCGUUACAGGUUUAUGCCUGCAGCGAGUCUUUGCCAAGUUGCCCUCGUUGUACAGGGGGACCGGGAUGACCCCCACUGGUCCAUAAGGGGGGUGGGGAGGUUGUGCUAUGAGCUUACUGUUGGCUGUGUGCAUCUGGCGGGAACGCAGAUAUCUUUCUCUGCCGCCUCCGUCUGUAGGCCUCAGUCUGCCGAUACGGUGCCCGUUUACCCCGGACAUCGGGUGUGGUGUCCCUGGGUUCAGGCCAGUUUCCCCAAGUCCAGUGGGCCCACUUGUAGAAGGGUGAGCGCAGUUUAGCUUGAUUUAUCCACUGUUUUUAUGCUCGUGCACCGGAGCUGGUUCAGAGCAUGUCUGCCCAGUUCGCUAGUCAGGCUCCGCCCCCGACAUGCCUGCACUUUUAUACAAGGUUAUUUACUCAAGUAUGACUUGUCAGGAACUAAAAGUGAGAGUCUCUUUUUAGGCCAAAAUAGAUUCUCCAAGUCGGGCUACGGUUUGAGUUUCUUGGAAUAUCUGACAAUUCAUCUUUAAUGAAUAACCCAGAGUGUGGAUCAAUAUAAUACGCCACAAUAUCCUCCAAAUUUGGGUGCAAAUAUCAAAGUGACCAGUAUGAAAAAAAAUCUUUAAGAUUUUAAAACUGAAAUGAAAAUAUGAAACGUCAAUGCGGCAGAAUUCAUACGGCACAAAAUACGGGGCAUAGAACAAAGAGCAAUAAUGUAUUGUAUACAAUGUGAUAUACAACAAAGAGCAAUAAUGCAUCGUAUACAAUGUACUGGGUUUCUUUUUAUGAAGAUAGAAGGCUUAUAAGAAGCCAGUUUUGCCUGUAUUGGGAUUUCUUUAAUUUCCUGUUAGUCGGUUAUCAGUCACGGCUGAUGGGAACAGGCAUCGUUGCAUCUACCCAUACUUGUGAUUAUCUAUUAUCUCACGGUCUCCUAUUUAGACCUUGCUUUGUGUUUUGCAUGCACAAGACUAAAACAGUAAGACGAUGUAGUGGCCAGGAGGAGAGCAAGAAAUAUGGUGGCAAGGAGAUGGCUAUUAGGGGCACCCUGAUGAUGCAUGAGCCGGCAUAGAGAUGAAAAGAUCUCUCCGGCUGGCCCUGAACCCCCUUAUUGCUGUAAGAGAGCUUGUGGUCUGCACCUUGGCUGAGUGCAAAUCACGGUGCGCGUGUGCCCUUGUGAUCCUAAAGUGCAAGGAGCAUUUACGGAGACCUGCAACUGUUGGGGUGCGAAGCUCCCCUCAAUGGAGCGCCAUGGAUAACAUCUGUAAUAAUUUAAUACAAAAAUUGUAAUGCGUGGAAAGGUUGGACACAACAUACAGCUUCUUCACACACACACACACACACACACACACACCUACUCUCACACAGCCAAAGACAAAAGCCAAAGAAAAAACACACACACAAAGAUCAUGCACAGCCACACCACACAUCUGCAAAACUUAUAACUUGCUUGAAAGUUGCCAGGUGUUGGAAGGCCCCAUGUUUUUGAAAGGUGAAUAAAACGAUACAGUUCAUUUGUGCUGCAUUUUUGAGUAUUUAUGCCGGUUUGGUUUUGGAGAUAUUACGCAUUAUAUUUGAUCACACCCUGCCCACCUUGCACUCCAUGUUAUGAAAUUUAUAAAUAAAUUGUUUGUGCUGAGUUUGUCCUGAUUUCUGCCACAAAAAUUAACGUUUGUGUCUGUUAUGUUUAAGAGAUAUUGCCGUUAUAUUUCAAAUUCUGCCCAAUUUGCACCAGUGUCAGAGAGAUGUGGGGGCACCGAGACCAGGGGUGCUCCCAUAUGUUUAUUUCCUUUCUUCCUCAGGUGGCUCUAAGUCCCAUGUUUGUUGGAAGGAGCCCACUGAAUUUUGGACCUGAACCGGUGUAUUUUAUUUUCAAUUUAAUAGCAUGGGAUACAAAGUGCACAGGGAUGGACAUAAACAAUGCGCAAUAUCUCCAAAACCAAACCAGUGCAAGCGUUCAUUUUUGCAACACAAAUAGAGCACAAAAAGAAUGGUGUAUUGUUAUUCACCUUUUCAAAAAAGUAAAAAAGGUACCACCUUCACACAGGUGCACCAAUAGCCCCCCUCCAUGCCCCCUCACACACACUCAUUGUGUUUUAGUUAGUUUAAGCAAUAGAAAUGUUGCUAAUGAAUUAGUGAACAAUGGUGUACCAGUAGGUCAGGGUCCGCCCCGAGUGACCGAUGGUGCUCUGCGCACCUGUCACCGUUUUAUAGCAUAAAAUUACGAGAGUGCUAUAGAGUAUCUCCAUUGUCAUCUGCCGGACGGACCGUGACCUGCUCACAGCAAGCAGAGAGGACGGGGUUUGGAUACGAUGCUCAGCUCCCAGUCACAUGAAACAGAGGAUAAUGGAGAUUCUCUACCAUGUUCCCGUAAGGCCGCGGUACAAUGGGUGGUAGAGUAAAAGGAAGGGGUUAAGAGGCACCGAAGGGGCAAAAAGGGAAUGAAGCACAAAAACGGGGGAUGAAAGAGAGUUGGGGACAUAAAAUGUGUAAAGGAAGGUACGAAACAGACGGGUAUGGGGGGGGUGGAUAAAAACACAUGUAAGGAGGUAAGAGGGGAUUAGGAGAAGCACACAAUGAGGGUCAACAAAUACACUCAAGGUGUGGCGCAGAGCACUAAAAGUUACCAUUCAGGGGUGAGGUGGGGAGGAAGGUGCCAACAUGCAGUUUCACCCUGGGUGCCAAGUAACAGGUAACGCCUCCGUCUGGGUACACACCUUAAUAAAUUAUGCUGCACACACCAAUGUUUGGCACGUUGUGACGAUUGUUUACUUAUAAUAUACAGAGACUACAAAACCUCGUAGGUAUUGCUUCUCGACUUGUAAAAGCAGAACCUUCCCUUUGCUUUUUGACUGAUGAUAAUUUAGCUAUUCUACGCUUCUACUCUUAACGUUAUGCUAUAUAUAAUUUAUUUUAUUUAUUUAUUUUCUAUUAUGAGAGGAUGAUUGGCUGCCAAAUAGUCAGGGAUAGAUUAAUCUCCCUUAGACACAAUAAUAAAAGGAGUCCCAACGCGUUUCGUCUAUUGUGUAGACUUCCUCAGUGAAAGAUAAAAUGUGUUGGGACCCCUUUAUUAUUUUAUAUUAUGCCUUAUUUCCAUAUAAAUGGUUGGGCUGAAGGGGAAUUUGCUUGUCUGAUCACAGAGUGGGGAUAUACUUUAUUUAAUCUCCCAAAUUGUAAUUUUAACCGUUAGCAUAACAGUUUUCGUCUUCAGACAACACACGCACUUUUAAUUUUUCAGAAUAUAAGACGCACCCAUAUAUUUUAAGUAUAAAUUUAGAAGUAAAAAGCAAAUUAACCAGUAACAUAAUGAUGAUAAGUUUAUGUACAUGGCAUGGGGUUCAUGUACCUGAAUUUAAGGGGUGCAACUGUUAAUGGCGGGUGUUUGUGGGCUGAAUACUUUCAGUCUGCACUGGGUGGACGUGUAGGCCGGAGUUACAGGAACUCCUCUCCAGCAACACAAGGCUGCACUGCCCCGGUUAGAGAGAUUAUUAAAUAUCAAUAGCUCAAGUCUACUGUAGAACAAUUGGUUACAGAAACCUGCUAUAGUGCAUAUUACUCGAGCUUCUGAUACAGCGUUUGAUGUAUUUAUAUACCUUUAUUUAUGGGGGGGAGGGGGUGUUUAGGCUUUGGUAUUUCAUCAGUUUACUGUCCUGCAGCAUUGGGGGUAGCACUUUUCCUGUAUACCCCUUUAGUCAUACUACAAGGUUUAAGAUUACAGCUUUCUCACAAGUUAUCUCCUGGUACAUUUGAAAUCUGGUAGCCUUACCUUCCAAUGCAUAAUUAACCCCUUAAGGACACAACUUCUGGAAUAACAUGCAAUCAUGAUGGAAUAUUUCCGUCAUGUGUCCUUAAGGGGUUAAACGCAAUGCAUGUUUGAGGAUAUAUGUACUAAACAUUGAUUAAAGAAAAAAAUAAAGGAAAGAAAUUGGGCAGUGAAAUGUCCCCUUAAGGACAUGCUACAAGCAGUGAUAGAAUAGAGUGCCUACUCAGGGUUCUACCUUGAGAGAGCUUCCAGGGCCCAUCAUGAGCAUAAACCAGCCAAUGACAUGGAAACAGGACUGAUGAACCAAUAAUAAAGGCCAUCUGCCAAAGCCUUCCCUGUGAAUGAAUCAAUAUUCAAAAGGAAAUGUAGACUUAGCAAAACUGCUUUCAUUCACAAGAGUUGAUAUUUUAAAAAUCUUUCAGCGCAGUCAGUAAAUGCUUCUUAUUCACAUGUUAUCAUACAGACCAAGUCUAGAUAUAAAUCCAAAUGAAUGGUACAUUGUAACGUUUCAGUGUUCAUGUGAUUGGUACACGCUGAUACGGACGAUCACGAACAAGGCCAAUACACACAUUCAAUGACAGAAACAAAUCCCUGUUAACACCACCGACAUCUAUUCUAGCAUAAAAACUGCCACAAUUUAAAAAAUAAAUAAAAAGGGGUAGUCGAAUUAAAUUAAAAACCCUCAAAACAAACUAUGAAGGCAGAGUACUGUUUACAGUUACAUAGCUGAAAAGAGACAUGCGUCCAUCAAGUUCAGCCUUCCUCCUUUAUUGGCAGGUUUGUGUCACGAUGGAGACCAUACCCUCUAACAAGUCCUCUCUAGCUCCAAUCAAACCCUUUUUGGUUCUGAGUUGUAAUAACCGGUUUCUACUUUCUUUAUGGCAGGCGGACAGUGAGACUGAAUGAACAUGCCUCGGAGUCAGAGGUCAAACCUUUGGUGGGCUCGGAUGCAGAAGAACAAGAAGAAGAAGAAGAAGAAGAAAUAUUGCAGAUGAAUGUCUCCAGAUCCUCAUGUGCACUUCCAAACUAUAAAAUAACACUGGCAGUGAUUGGAGGUGGUCUAGGCCUGUGUUUCCUCGUUGCUGGAUUGUCGUACCUGUCUGGGAAGUCAGCCUGCACCUCAGUAGAUGCAGUUAUAGAAUGUGGGAAAGUUCGUGGUGUGCACUGUGGUAUGGCUUAUAUGUUUAAAGGAAUCCCUUAUGCCAGCCCGCCUACAGGAAAAUUACGCUGGAGGCCUCCACAGAUGCCUACUUGUUGGAAUAAUACUCUAGAUACAACCAAAUUUGGAUCCAUGUGCGCUCAGGUGCAGCCUGUAGGAGAGGAUGGUAAAGUCAUGGGCUCAGAAGAUUGCUUGUAUGUGAAUGUCUGGACUCCAACCAUGAACUCUGAUUCUAAGUUACCAGUUAUGGUUUGGUUUCACGGAGGUUAUCUGCACAUACUGAGUGGAUCAGAACCUGGAUACUGUCCAACAGAAGACUUGACUGAGCAUGGACAGGUUGUCCAUGUCAGCUUCAACUACCGUCUCAAUGCUUUUGGAUUCAUGGCACUGGAGCUACUGAGGGAAGGUUCCCCAAGCAACACAUCUGGUGAGUGGUGAACCCCUUGUUAAAACAUAACCUCUUCAAAAACAGAGAAAACCGAUACUAGUCUCACUCUUCCCUGUACUUAAUUUUCCACAUGUGUAGUCACCAACACUUAUCUUCCAUCCACCUGGAACUACAACCCCAAAACCUUGAGGACCAACUGCCACCUAUCCUCCUUCAUAUUGUUUUCACUCUCACUUAUCAGUCAUACUCACUACCACUUAACCUCUAAUUAACCAAUUCUUACUGAUGAGUUUUAUCUUCGGUUCUCAGGCCUAUACAAUGAUCAUUACCUCUUCUCUCCGUGUCUUUCUCUGUCCUUGCAAUCGCUAUGAUCUCUAUCAUAAUGUGGUUCCUUAACGCCUUCAAUUUAAGGUAAUUAUGGCUUCAUGGACCAGGUGGCUGCUCUUCGAUGGGUACAGAGUAACAUCCAGCACUUUGGUGGCGACCCAAAUAAGGUGACCAUCUAUGGCCAGAGUUCAGGUAAUGCUAUUAAAAAUAAAUACAAGAUCACUGUAAAGCAUCUUCAGGUGAUAUAUGGCCACAUGCUGUAUAUUUUAAAAAUGUACUUUGUGAUAUACCAACAUUUAAAUUGAAUGUGAUUUUUGUUACGCUCAGAAUAGAAACAUAGAAACAUAGAAUGUGACGGCAGAUAAGAACCAUUCGGCCCAUCUAGUCUGCCCAAUUUUCUAAAUACUUUCAUUAGUCCCUAGCCUUAUCUUAUAGUUAGGAUAGCCUUAUGCCUAUCCCAUGCAUGCUUAAACUCCUUUACUGUGUUAACCUCUACCACUUCAGCUGGAAGGCUAUUCCAUGCAUCCACUACCCUCUCAGUAAAGUAAUACUUCCUGAUAUUAUUUUUAAACCUUUGUCCCUCUAAUUUAAGACUAUGUCCUCUUGUUGUGGUAGUUUUUCUUCUUUUAAAUAUAGUCUCCUCCUUUACUGUGUUGAUUCCCUUUAUAUAUUUAAAUGUUUCUAUCAUAUCCCCCCUGUCUCGUCUUUCCUCCAAGCUAUACAUGUUAAGAUCCUUCAACCUUUCCUGGUAAGUUUUAUCCCUCAAUCCAUGAACCAGUUUAGUAGCCCUUCUCUGAACCCUCUCUAAGGUAUCAAUAUCCUUCUGAAGAUACGGUCUCCAGUACUGUGUACAAUACUCCAAGUGAGGUCUCACCAGUGUUCUGUACAAUGGCAUGAGCACAUCCCUCUUUCUACUGCUAAUACCUCUCCCUAUACAACCAAGCAUUCUGCUAGCAUUUCCUGCUGCUCUGUUACAUUGUCUGCCUACCUUUAAGUCAUCAGAAAUAUUCACCCCUAAAUCCCUUUCCUCAGAUGUUGAGGUUAGGACUCUAUCAAAUAUUCUGUACUCUGCCCUUGGGUUUUUACGUCCAAGAUGCAUUAUCUUGCACUUGUCUACAUUAAAUGUCAGUUGCCACAACUCUGACCAUUUUUCUAGUUUACCUAAAUCAUUUGCCAUUUGGCUUAUCCCUCCUGGAACAUCAACCUAUAAUAUGCUUGCUUAUCAUGUUGCCAAUCCUACUUCGUUAUGAAAGUGGAUACAGAAACUUCUAGUUGGCUUCUUAUAAAUAAAGUGUCUUACUCUAUUGUUGGCACUGAAGGUGGAACCUCAGUUUGGGCUAUGAUGGUGUCUCCAUUGGCCAAGGGCCUUUUCCAUCGGGCAAUCGAUAUAAGUGGAUCCUCAGUAUUCAAAGCUAGUUUGGCUGACGCAGAAAAUAAUAAUCUAGUUUUCCUGCAGAAGACUGGAUGCAAGGAUGCAGAGUGUCUACGACAACUGAGUGUGCCCAAGAUCCUUCAGGUAAGAAACAGACCUAGUUACUGAAAGUCACAAACAUACCAACAGAAUUCACAGAAAGCAUUCCAUAUUGAAUAAAUAAUUUUUUUAAAUAUCAGUAUGGAUAAAUAACAAUUCUGGGGCAAAGUUCUAGAACAGCAACAUUUUAUUAGUUGCCAUGAUUGCUCUUCCAUAAAAAAAUUAAAAAAAAAAUAAAUUAAGUCAUAUUAGUCUUUUAUACAGAGCACCCAUUGAGUUUUGUGUACCAUAGUCAAAUGGGAAUCUGUACCCUUUCUUUAGUAUCUUCUUUUACUCCUAGUCAAUUCCAUGGUUCGUGUACCCAGAUUGGGCAGCUGAGGACCUGUGUGACUUACCACGGAAAGGAGGGUUUGCUGGACCAGUGGCUGUGGUAGAUGGGCAUGUGGUUCCAGUAGCUCCACUUGAAGCUUGGAAGAAGAAGAUUGAAGGCCAUAGUGAUGUACCGUAUGUGAUUGGCACCACUCUUCAGGAAACUGAAUAUGCGUAAGACCCUUGCAUUUGUGUUAAAUGGAUGCAGCAACUGCAGUUUUUACAGUCAGAAAUAUUUCACGUAUAGAAAAAGAGAGAAAGCCCAUACAGAUUUUAGUAAAUUGGUCGCAUAUAGGGCAACAGAACAAUUAUAUGGUUGGCAAAAACUAUUGUACAGGAAAGUCUUGAUAAGUUUAACAGGUAAGUUGGGAGAAAUAUCACUGUAAACAUUAAUAAAUGUGAAUGUUAUUUCAUUCUAAUUACUACAGUUUUGACGUUCAAAGUGUUAAAGGGACGCUUUAGUCACCAGAAACAUGACAACUUAAUGUUACACUGCCUUUUUAGGGAAAAGGCAUGGUUUACAUUGCUAGUUACACUUCUAUUGGAAGUCACUCAGAUGGCCACUAUAUGUGUUUCCUGUGUCAGAGAUGCACAGUGUGCAGCACCUACGUUCAGCGUCUGUUGUCUCUGCAUGGAGAUGCCGAAUGUUCACCAUAGAGAUAAAUUGAUUCAAUGUAUCUCUAUGAGGAGAUACUGAUUUGCGAAACACCGUGUUUUGCCAUGAAUGCAGUUGUGAUCAUCAAAACUGAUUAUCUCAGCCAUGGAGAUGGGGCCAGUCACAGCAAGACCAUCCUGGCAUGGGGCAAAAAGGUAAGUAAAAUAACGUUUAAUCUUCACAGAGAGCGGCCUGGGAAACUAAAUGGUGAUUCCUCCACUAGUGCAUGUUUGUGUUCCUGACACGAUCUAGUGUUCCUUCAAAGCACCAUAACCACAACAAACAUGGCUAGCAACAGAAUCAUUAAUUUAACCAAUUACAGUCACAGUUUUUGAUGGUCCAGCAAUGCUAUGUACACCACUAUGAGUUAGGGCCAGUACUGAUCCAGCUCAUUAUGGUAUGGUUUUGGUUUCUCUUUCAAGCUUUUUUUUUUUUUUUUUUAGAGAUUUUAACAAAAUACAGACGCAAUUAUUCUAACAGUUCCAUUGUCAUUCCAUUUUGAUUUCAAUGUAUAUUUUUACAAAAAUCCUCAGAUGUAGCAUCACUUAAUUACAACCGAUAAAUUGAUUAUUACGAUCAUAUAGCUCUAAGGUCCAAUGAAGAAACAUAACAUAUCACAUAUCACAUCACAACACAACACAUCUCAAAUAAUAAUUAAAUAAUCUCGAUUACUAUGGUCAUUUUUCUCCACAGGCCAGUCUAUGCAAAUCUAUCUGUGUGGUCAGAAGAAGAUUAUCAGUGGUUUGUGAAAGGUACAGCACCUGAGAAGUUACUGUCAUGAUUACUAUAUGUACAAACAAAUAGACAUGUGCAAUUCGUUUUGUUCCGAAUGUAAAUUGGGACAAGUUUCAGGCAAUUUGGACAUUUGGAUGCUUCAGAAUGUCCGAAGUGCCGAAUUGCCGAAGAGUUGCAAAACAAAACAAGAGAGGGAGGAAAACUUACGUAAAUGAUAACAGGAAUCUUGACCAAAAAGCUAAUUCCUGGCACUAGGAGCCCUAUACAUGUGUAAGUGGUUGUGGUGGCAAUCCUGGCACUUGGAGCCCUACAGAUGUGUAAGUGGUUGUGGGGGCAGUCCGUGCACUAGGAGCUCUAUAGAUGUGUAAGUGGUUGUGGUGGCUUGAGAGCCCUUCAGAUGUUCCGAAUUGCAGAAGUUCCGAAUUUCAAAAGUGCCGAACGGAACCGAAUGCCAUUGGUCUAAAUUGCCGAAGCAGCCUAAUUUUUUUACUUACCCGAAUUGAUUUUAUUUUGCCCAUGCACAUCCCUACAAACAAUGAACAAGGCCACGUAUACCGGGCCUUAGAAUGGACAGACUUAACGUAAAUGAGAAUGGUCAAAAUACUCGCCGAGGUCAGGGACACAGAAAGAGACAGAUUGAGGAAACAAUUCAAAGGUCAAGGACACCAGAAUUAGGGAAAGUCAAAAUACAAGCCAAAAAUUCAAAUAUCAAAAAGAACUAGAACAAGAACGCACUCUCUGACAACCAGCUUGUGGAAACCACGACAGGGCACUGACUAAAUGCUAAUUUGGGUUUCAAUAACCCUCAUAAGGUUGACCCCAAAACGUGCGCAUCGUUUACGUGACGUCAGACGCAAGUCAGCGCCAUCUUUGAUAACGAUGGAGGCGGGGCUAUAAGACUUCAUAGGACCACAGCGGCCGGCGAUCAUUAUAACGCUGCACCACCUGGGGAUCGCUACACAAGGGUGCUGGAUGGCAAGCUGACUUGCCUCCGGUAAGUAGUUUAUUUUACUAACCAAUCGGAUGCAACCACGCUGUAUCUAGGCAAGGGCAACGUGACAGCUACAGGGUUCUGGACAAACAGUGAUAGGUUUUCAGAUAACCUAGAAUUAGAAAUUAUGAAGUUUAAUAUAUUUCUUUACACAACUGACAAGGUCUUUCUUGUUCACAGCGAAACUCAAUUCCUUCGGAGAAAGUCUUUCAAAGGAAGCACUGGCCUUGUAUCCCACCUCAGAAUUCUGCUCUGAACCGACUCGUUGUGUGGAAAAAACCUACAUGACCAUGGUAUCGGACGUACGUGCAACAUGUCCCAGUAAUGAGCUAGCCAGACGUGCUGCAGGUAUGUUACCAACUGACUGAAACGGUCUCUUCAUGUCAUGCAAUGUCCGAUCAAUACAGCGAGUUAUAAUCCUAGCUAUUCUCUCUGGGUCCAGUUUGGUCCAAGUCACGAGCUAAUGCUUUGAAUGUAUUGUCCACAUAUAUUGGACGUUGUUCAGAAGAUAUGCCCAGAGCAUCUUACAUUAGGGACUAGGCAACGUCCACUCUGAUCAGGUUCAGCUGCUGAUACAAAUGGUCGAAGCCAUCCUGGAAAUCAAUGAGAGCAAUUCUAUUGCUGGCAGAGGUUUGAGAGAGUGGUUAUGGGUUUACCGGGGCAGAGAUAGCAAUGUUCACUAGUGAUGUCCCGAACUGUUCGCCGAACAGGAGGAAUGUGUCUGCUGACUGGAGUCCCGUUCGGGACAUCACUAGUGUUCACAUAUUCCUAUCGAUAGGAUUAUUACAGUAUGAAAGCAGAUAAAAUAUUUGUAAAUUCAGAUAAACAAAUAUUGGUUUUGGGUGUUUUCCCCCCACACUUCAAUAUGUAGAUUAAUAUAAAUUUUAAUUGGACGUCACAACUAACUUGAAAAGUCCCCUUUGGGAAAUAGGAACAUUUCAAAAUGUAGUCUAAUUUGUUUCAUAUAAACGCAAAAGCAGAUCUCCAGAAAAUAGCCUCAGCCCUCCAAGUUGCCAAGAUGAGUAACAAUGCAAACAUCAGAAGAAUAAUGGAAAAUGCAUUUCUAUUUACAUUAAGAACAAUAAAAUGCGAAUAGCAGUCAUUCAAGAUGGCACAUCCAAUACGACGUAUAUUUCUGAUUUACCAAUAGAUGUUCAAUAUUUUUUAUUGGUUUUAGAUAUCGUCAUACACAUUGUACAGUUACAGAGUUGCAUUAAACAAUUUGUCAUGGUACAUUUGUGCAUCCCGUUCAGGGGAUGAUAGUUAUUCGCGUCAUAACGUCUAGGGGACACAUUACGGUAUCUUAUUCCCAUACCUAUAUCAUUUCGUGACCUGCAACUGCCACUAGGUAUUUGUUAACUCACCAGGUCUUUACGACGAGGUGUUACCAUAGAUUUGAAGUGGGGGGUAUAGGGAGGUUGAUUGUUAUUUAGAGAAUGUGUUUUAGGAGAUGUGUUUGUGAAUGAUGUUUCACAUCGGAACAACAUUUGUGGUUGGCAUUGUUGUCGCCAUUUUUCCCAUUUUUGCCAAGUUUUGUGUGCGGAUCUCAGUCGCCUUGCCUCCAUUUCAUAUAUUUUGGUGGUGUCUAUUUUAUCUAGGCAUUGCUGGGUGCUUGGUGUGUUUCUGCUCAGCCAUGCCCUACUUAUAGUCGUUAGCGUCGCGAUGAUAAUAUGAUACAUUAGGUAUAGAUCAACCUUUUGUAGGUCGUGUGGGAAUAUUAAUAGUAGAUAUGUUUCAGGUAGGUGCGGGCAGGGCUGGACUGGGAAAAAAAUUUGGCCCGGACAUUUUUUUAUCACAGCAGCCCAUUAAGAAGGGGGCGGGGCAGAGAAGGUGUGUUUUGUCAUCACUCAUGACAAACACGCCCCCUCUCAAAGUGAGCAUGUUGGUUCAAUGCUCUUCCAGGGCAGACCAUGCGCAGAGCUCUGCUGAAGAGCUCCAGCAUGAGGGAAAAAAGCCCUGUAUUUGUUCUGCACAGUGCAAACAAAUUUAAUAACAUGCUUGCACUGUGUUUCCUUGCAACUUGUCUCUGGUGUCUCUAUAAAUGGAUAACAGGAGACAAAAAUGCCAGGAAAGAGUAUUGUGCAUGUGUUUGGAGCCUGCUUGUGGUAUUGCAUGUGUGUAGAGUGAGCUGGUCGUGGUGUGGUAUUGUGUAAUAAGGUCGGUUUUAGUCGUGUUGUGUUUGUGGUGUAAUGUAAUGCAUAUGUGGCUAGGGGCUGUAGAGAAUGUGUGUAUAGGGAUGUAGCAAGUGUGUGUAUACAGGCUAUAGUGUGUGUGUGUGUAUAGGUGAUGUAGUGUUUGUAGAGAGUGUGUGUUCAGGGAAUUUAGUGUGCGUAUAGGGGAUCCAGUGUGUGUGUGUGUGUGUGUGUGUGUGAGAGAAGGACCCAGACUAUGUAUAGGAGAUCUAGUGAGCGUGCGUAUAACACGGAUUCAGAGUGUAUAUAGGGAUCUAGUGUGUGUAUGUGUGUAGAUGAUCCAGAGUUGGGUAGAGGAUCUAGUGUGUGUCUGGAAUGAAAUGUGUUUAGGGGUGCUGUGUGUGUGAGGGGUGCUGUGUAUAUAUAUAUUUAUAUAUUAUAUAAAUAUGUUUGGAAGUAUUGUGUAUGUGUGUGAUGCAGUGUAUCGGGGGGUUGUGUGUGUAUGUGAGGGCUGUGUAGUAUGCGUGUGAGUGCUGAGUGUGAUAGUGUUGUGUAUGAUGUGUGUGAGUGCUGAGUGUGAUAGUGUUGUGUAUGAUGUGUGUGAGUGCUGAGUGUGAUGUGUGUAAGUGCUGAGUGUGAUAGUGCUGUGUAUGAUGUGUGUGAGUGCUGAGUGUGAUAGUGCUGUGUAUGAUGUGUGUGAGUGCUGAGUGUGAUAGUGCUGUGUAUGAUGUGUGUGAGUGUUGAGUGUGAUAGUGCUGUGUAUGAUGUAUGUGAGUGUUGUGUGUGAUGUGUGUGAGUGCUGAGUGUGAUGUGUGUAAGUGCUGAGUGUGAUAGUGCUGUGUAUGAUGUGUGUGAGUGCCGAGUGUGAUGUGUGUGAGUGCUGUGUAUGAUGUGUGUGAGUGUGAGUGAGUGUGUGUGUGUGAUGUGUGUGAGUGCUGAGUGUGAUAGUGCUGUGUAUGAUGUGUGUGAGUGCUGAGUGUGAGUGUGUGAGUGCUGAUAGUGCUGUGUGAUGAGUGUGAUAGUGAUGUGUGAGAGUGCUGAGUGUGGAGUGCAUGUGUGUGGAGUGCUGAGUGUGUGCUGUGUGUGAGUGCUGAGUGCUGUGCAGUGAUGUGUGUGAGUGCGAUGUGUGUGAGUGCUGAGUGCGAUGUGUGUGAGUGCUGAUGUGUGGAGUGCUGGAGUGCUGUGUGUGAGUGCUGAGUGCGUGUGUGUGUGGAGUGCUUGUGUGUGAGUGCUGGAGUGCUGUGUGUGUGGAGUGCUGGAGUGCUGUGUGAGUGCUGAGUGGUGUGUGUGUGCUGAGUGAUGUGUGUGGAGUGCUGAGUGUGGUGUGUGUGAGGCUGAGUGCUGAGUGCGAUGUGUGUGAGUGCGAUGUGUGUGGGUGGUGAGUGCGAUGUGUGUGAGUGCUGAGUGCGAUGUGUGUGAGUGCUGAGUGCGAUGUGUGUGAGUGCUGAGUGCGAUGUGUGUGAGUGCUGAGUGCGAUGUGUGUGAGUGCUGAGUGCGAUGUGUGUGAGUGCUGAGUGCGAUGUGUGUGAGUGCUGAGUGCGAUGUGUGUGAGUGCUGAGUGCGAUGUGUGUGAGUGCUGAGUGCGAUAGUGCUGUGUAUGAUGUGUGUGAGUGCUGAGUGUGAUGUGUGUGAGUGCUGAGUGUGAUAGUGCUGUGUAUGAUGUUUGUGAGUGCUGAGUGUGAUUGCUGUGUAUGAUGUGUGUGAGUGCUGAGUGUGAGAGUGCUGUGUAUAAAUGUUGUGUGUUGGGGGGUAAAUAAACAAAUACAAACCUAAGUGGGAAUAAAUAUACAAAUAAAAAAAUAAAAUAAGGGGGGAAACAAACAAAAAAACAAAUCAUGCAUUACAUCUCCCCCCUCCCCCCCCUUACCUUUAGCCUGGGAGGGGGAGGGGUCCGGUACGCUGGUGAGUGGGGGACCGGCACUCGCACACGAUCCCUGGUGGUCCAGUGGUGUCUCUCACGAGAUCGGGGCGUUGCCAUGGCAACGCUCCCGAUCUCGCGAGAGGAGCCCGGCGGAGCUGCAAGUUAGAGCUCUGCCGGGUCCUCUCCCUCCCUCCCCAGCCGCAGGUCUAUUUAAAUGGGCCGGUGAGGGAGAUCUUUGAUCUCCCCACCGGCCCUCCAUGGCAAACAGUGGGGCCGGCGCUCGGAUAGCGCCGGCCUCGGCCCAUGGCCACCGCGGCCCACCGGGCAUUUGCCCGGUGUGCCCGAUGGCCAGUCCGGGCCUGGGUGCGGGAGUGUAGUGCCGGUAGAUGCUGUUAUGUCUGAGAUGCCUUUCCAGAAGGUUUUUAUUUCCGGGCAAGUCCACCAAAUGUGGAGCAUUGACCCUGGCUCUUCCAAGCAUCUCCAGCAGGACCCUGACUUGUUGUGAUCAAGUUUGUGUAGCCUAGUUGGUACCAUGUACCAGCGGUAUAGCACUUUCCUACUGGUUUCGAUAUGAGAAGCGUUCAGUGUGAGGGUUUUGUGUGCCUCAAACGUUUUUAACCAUACUUUAUCUGGCAUGGUCUGGUUUAGGUCCCUUUCUCAUGCCUUCAUGAAGCUUAGUUUCCCUACGUGUUCAUAUGUUUUAGUCAUUGUGUACAAGCGUGACAGCAUUUUUUGGGGUGGCUUUUGAGCCAUGCACAUUUUUUCUAACUCCGUUGGUGUGUGGUUCUGUUCUUGUGCUGUACUUAUCUCGGAGUGUUUCCUCACCCAUGACUGUAGUUGGAGGUAUGAGAAGCUCUAAAGGGGAGGUUGAAGUGUUCCUUUAGGGAGUUAAAGUCUAUCAGGCGGCCAUUCGUCGUUAUUUGGGAUAGGUGUGUGACCCCCUUUUUAUACCAUAGGCUGUGGUCGAAGCCUGGGAUAAGGAAUUGGAACGCUUGGAUUUGUAAGGCCGAGGAUACAUGUGUGUCGGGGUAGUGUUGUUUAAUGUAUUUGUCCCAAAUGUGGAGUGUCGCUGCUGUGGUGGGGCAGAUAUUUUUAUAUUUUGGCCUUUUGUGCUUUGGCACCCAAGCCAACAUGGACAUCAUGAGUCCAUCAGUGUGUGCUGCUUCUAUUAGACUCCAUGCUGGCGGAGUUGUAUGGUGAAAGGUGGAUAUAAGUGUGGUGAUCAUGGCCACUGUGUAGUAUCUCAUGAUGUCUGGUGCCCCCAUCCCACCCUCUUUGAAGGGCCUGUACAUGGUUUCCGCUGCUAUUCUAGGUCGUUUCCCUCCCCAGAUGCGUUGGGCUUCUUGGAGAAACUGUCUUGGCAGCCCUAUCUGAAGUGUUCUAAAAAAGGUACUGCAAUCUCGGCAGUACCAUCAUUUUCACCGCCGCUAUUCGGCCGGUCCACGAAAUAUAUUUCCCCUUCCAAGUUUGUAGCUGUUUGAUUGCAGUGAGAAGUUUUAUAUAGUUCGCUUUAUAUAGCUUUUGUGUUGCGGGCGUGAGAUCUAUUCCAAGGAAGGUUAAAUGGUCGCGUCUCCAGUCAUAUGUAUGUUGGCUUUGUAAGUUGGAGAGUUGUGUUUUAGUGAUGUUGAGGCCCAUAGCUUUUGUCUUAGUAAUAUUACGUUUAUAGUACGAGCAAUCGCUAAAUUUGGUUAGUAUAGUUUGGAGUUGCGGUAGGAAGGUAUCAGGUUUAGACAGUGUGAGCAUUACAUCAUCGACGAACAGGGUGAUCUUAUAUGUUUUUUCCCCUAUGUGUAUCCCAUGGACUUCGUGUGAGUCUCUUAUAUGUUGGGCUAGAGGUUCCAGUGCCAAUAUAUAAAGUAAAGGUGAGAGUGGACAGCCCUGCCUAGACCCAUUGGAGAUGUGGAAUGGUUUGGAAGCAAAGCCUCAGUUAGCUAUUUUUGCUGUUGGGUUGUCGUAUAACGCAGAGACCAGUGUAAUAAAGCAUCCGGGGAAUGCAAAUCUCCGCAGUACUGCUUCUAGGUAUCCCCACUGUAGCCUGUCAAAAGCCUUCUCUGCGUCCAAUGACAGUGCCACACUGGGUUCCCCAGAUUUCUGGAUCUCGUGUAGGAUGUUGAUUAGUUUCCUGGUCCCGUCUGAGCCCUGCCUACCUCGGACAAACCCCACCUGGUCUUCCCGUAUCAGUGUCAGUAGAAUGUCUCCCAGCCUAUUUGCAUAGAUUUUCGCUAAAAGUUUUAGGUCUAUGUUUAGUAACGAUAUGGAGCGCAUAUUUUGGCAUUUAUGUGGUGGCUUUCCUGGUUUUGGUAGUGUUGUUAUGUGGGCUAGCAGCAUGUCUCUGGGUAUGGCUCCUGUAGUUAGAAUAUUAUUGUAUAGUUUUUCUAGUUUGGGGAUUAGGAUAUGUGAGAAGGUCUUGUAAUACAAAUUCGUAAAGCCAUCUGGCCCUGGCGAUUUCCCUUUUGGGAGGGUUUUGAUUGUGUGCGCGAUUUCGCUUUGAGUUAUGGGUUCUUCUAAGAUUGUUCGGUCUGCCUGUGAGAGAGUUGUAUUUGAGCUUCUUUUAGGAAUGUAUCAAUUUCCGUUGCUAGCGGUUGGUGUGUGUGUUUGUCAUUUUGAAGGUUGUACAAUGUGUCGCAAUAGUCCGCCAGCAUGUCGUUUAUGUCGUGAGGGUUGUACACUUUGUUUCCUAACGAGUUUGAGGAAUGGUAUUUUCGCAUUCUGUCUUUUCUGCCUCAGUAGUGUCGCCAAAGCCUUUCCCGCUCUGUUGCCCUGAGUGUAUGUUGUUAGUUUCAGCCUAUGUGUCAUGAUGGCAGUAUUUCGCAGAUGGAUGUCAUUUAAAUUUCCCCUUUAUUUGGUCUAUACGCUGUUGUGUGGGGGGAGAGGGAUAUAGGAUUUGUGCAGACGUUUCGUCCCCAAGUGAUCUCAGCAGAUUCAUAUACUCUUUCUUAGCUUGCCUGUGUAGAUGUGAUGCUUGACUAAUCAGGAGACCGCAGAUGACUGCCUUAUGCGCCUGCCAGGUUGUGGCCAGUGAAACGUCAGGUGUUUCGUUCAGGGUAAAGAAAUUGGGUUAUCUCUUCAGUAAGUUUGGUUUGGAAUUCAGGAUUGUGUAGGAGAGCGUCAUUCAGGCGCCAUGGUGUCUUCCCUCGGGAUUGGAAUUUUUCUGUUAAAGUUAGUUGUACUGGGGCAUGGUCAGACCAUAUUAUUUUUCCUAUCUCACUGUGUGUAGCCCUCGUUAACAAAUCGCCCGAGACAUAUGAAAUCUAUUCUGGUGUAUGUUUUAUGUCCUCCAAAUAUCAUAGAGGUUGUGCUCUGAGAGGAGUUUCAUAAUAGCCGUGGCCUGUUUGCAUAAUGUUUUGCGUCUCUGGGACACGUCUGACAAUGUGGUGUCUAGUCGUGGUUGCAAUAUGUGGUUUAGAUCCCCACAUGUAAUUGUGGGUGACUGGUGGGGAGUUUGUUUAGCACCUUCUGUAUGAAAUUCCUCUGGCUAUUGUUUGGUCCAUAUAUUCCCACUAAAGUAUACAAGGUGUCAUUGAGUUUGCAGUAUAGUAUAAGAUAUCUGCCCCGUGCAUCUUUUUUGAGGCGUAGAAGUUCGAAUGAUACUGAAGAGUGUAUGAGGAAUGAAACGCCACGUGAUUUAGAGGAGUAUGUCGAGUGAUAUUGCGUGGGGUAGUCUCUGCCAGCAAAGCAGGGUACCCUGUUGUGUACAAAAUGCGUCUCUUGUACGCAUAGUAUGUCUGACUUAGUGCGCUUAGCGUCGUCUACCAAGAGUCUCUUUUUGUGUGGUGUAUUCAGUCCACGAGCAUUAAUAGUCUGUAUUUUCAUCAUUUGUGUAGGUUGUGUAGUUUAGCUGCUCAGGUCUUGAGUAUAUGCCAGUGCUGGUCCCCGUGGUGUGCGAGGGGAUUCCGUGUCUCUGCUGUGCGGAUUGGGUCGGGUGUUUGGUGUUGUAAAGUCGCAUCAUGUGGGCAUGUGGGUGGCGGUGUAGGUUUAAUGUUUUGUGGCUCCUUUGGUGAUUCAUGGCAGACCUUAGGUGCUUUCGGGUUAGGGGAAGAACAACUUGGAGGGGGUGUGUGAACUAUGUACAGGGUGUCUCUGUCAGACUUUAUGUAGGCUUGCCACAUCUGGGGGGUAGGAGAGAAGGAUUUCCUCCAUUAGCGUGGCUAUCGGGCACCAUUAUAAUCUAUUAUGUUAUGCUGCAUCUGCAUUUAUCUUAGCGUGUGGAGGCUCAAGAAUAGGAUCGCAUUGUGAGUGCUUCGAGUUUGAGCGCCAGUGUAGGCCUGGGCGCUUCCGCCCUGAGUAGGGAUGUGGCCGAGGAUUUGCUUAUUAAUUUGGCCUUUAAGGCCGCCUUUGUGAAUUCUAUGGGGAUGCCUCUUCUAAUAACCGAUGGGAGUGGGCCUGGCACAUAGGGGUAGCAACGUGGAGCAUACUAUAUACAUAUCAUUACAACCAAGAUAUACAAUGAACCCUCACCCGGUGCUCACCCGUCCCAACCCCUCCCCCCCACAGUUCUGAAGGCCGUUUGCAGACCUGAAACCGCUCCAGGCUUUACGUAUUCAAUUUUUGCCCGUGCUGUCAGGUCCCGGUUACCUUGUAGUACACGUUCAUAGAUGUAUGCAUCCCAAAGUGUCUCGAGGGUUGCAGAGUCGCGGGGGUCCGCUUUGGGCCCCAGGCCAUGGGGAUGUGUCCCGUGGCGCUCUGGCCAUGUAUCCACACUGUAUGUCCACAGCAACUCCGCACGGGCUCCAGUGUCCAUAGUCUCAUGGGGAGAAGAGGUAGAGCAGAGAGGGAAAGGGAGAGGGACCGCACGGUUUUGACUCCUUGGCACAGACCAGGGUCCCCCGCGUUUCGCCACUGCUCUGCUUACGCCUCGUUACAAGGAUGGCGGGAGGCCCUGGUCCAGCGCCGCAUUCCCGGGGAGGUCCCCGGCUUGAAGGCCUAUGUCCGACCCCAAGGGGUGAAUGUCACGUGUUCCGUGGGUUAUAGUAGGUGAUAUGUCCUAAGUUUGCGCCCAAAUUUUCUGUGUGGUCAAAGGGCUUUCGCCUGUAAACCAUUGUUCCAGCUGGUUUUAGUGUUUCUCCUGGGCCUUUUUCCAUUCUGGUUGAUUGUGUGGGCGGUUUCGUUGUGUGGGCUGUUCAGUUGGUUCCACCGGCAUGUUCCAGGCUUGCAACUUCCUCAGGGGUGUUCAUCACCAUCGUGACUCCGUCCUUCGUGACCACCAGUUUCGUAGGGAAUCCCCACCGGUAUCUUAUGCCAUGUGACCGUAAUGUAUUUGUGACUUGGUGAAAGUCUUUUCGCUUCCGUAAUGUAGCAGUCGAUAGAUCCGCAUAUAUUUUGACCGUGGGAAACUCGGCCGGUGGCUUAGCUCUCGUUCUACUUCCACGGAGGAUGUGUUCCUUUAUGUGGAAGUAGUGAGCUCGUAGUAGUACAUCCCUCGGUACCGUCAGUGCUUUAAGGUAGAUUGUGAAAUUUUAUUUGCCUUAAAGCCUCGGACAUCUGCCAGUGACUUUAUCAUGGUCCGUGCGGCUAUCAACCUGCUGUCUGGUUGGAUCAAGACAUGGGCACAUCAGAUGUUGCUGGUUAAGAGUCCUGUCCUCGACAGCUGGUGGUCCUUCAUGACUGCAAUGGACUCGCAGUGCACGAACUCUAGAAAAUCUACUGCUCAACGUUCCAGAGGAUCCAAGAUUACCAGAGGCAGGGAAACCCAGAACCAAACACCACACCCCCUUGUUGCUUCCUUAGGAACCAAUUCAUAGAAAAACUCCAGAGGUAUCCUAUGCUCCUUUUGACACAGAAGAACCUAUGGAGAUCCGUCUCCUCAAGACCAAAUUGACUCCUGAUGAAAGAGUCCGGAGGAGAGGCCAUGGUCUCUGCUUUUACUGCGGAGAAAGAAGGCACUUUAUCUCUCUGUGCCCUAUGCACAGGCUCUCCGUUUGGGCAUUGUCCAGAUCCACUCGGUCAGCAAUCCACCUCAGUCUGUGAAUGGCCAGCACUGUUGUCAUACCUAUUCACAUUCGUCUAUGGGUACUCAGACUAUGGUAAUUAACACUGCCAAUGUCCUGCAGGAACCUGCUACUGAGACCUCUGGGAUACCUCAUGCUCCAGAAAAAAAAACGCCGGCUCAAAGAAGACCUAUCUUCUGAUUGUACAUAUGCCUCUAAUGGUACAAUCAUUUGUAAAAAGGAUUUACUAAUGUUCAAACAGACAUGACUAGCCAUGAACUCCUCUCCUGCUGAAGUACUUUCCACCUGCUCUCGGAUCAUCGAUGUCCUUGACCUCUUUCCAGCAGUACCAGAAUCUGGUACUAUGGAGCCCCAUGCUGUUAAGGGACUCCUUUCUGGGGACUUUGAUUACAAGGAAUAUCUUGAUACGGAUAUUGAAAACGAAAAUGAGAUGUACCAGAACUCUAAAGAACCAGUUCUCGCCCAGAGGUAGAGUUUAAGGAGGGGCAAAUGUCACAAUUCACACCAUGCCAUCCAGACGGCCAGGCGUGGCCAUUUCACAAGUGCCAGACAGAAGGACUGUGGUCCUUCUCUGCCAUAGUCCUGCUGUCUUGCCUAGUAGCCACACUCCAUUUCUUGUUUCAGCCUGCUCUCCUGUCUGAGCCACUUCUGAACUUACAGUUCUAGCCCUGUUUACCUCGCCUUGUCUGCAAAUUGGCUGCUUGUUAUACAGCCUCUCCCUGAGUGCAGUGUCAGUUCAUGGUUUCCGGUUUCUUAAGACUGACGUGGCUUGUGACCCAUGCUUCUGGAUCUUUGUUAUUGCCUGUUUUCUGCCUGCCCUGGCAGUUUUAACCUUGCCUGACUACUCUCCUGGAUUUGCCCUUGUCAGUUUUCUCACACCAGGUUAUUGUUCCUGUCAAGCCUCCAUGCACAGAUUCACAGCCCAGGUAGCUUCUUACCUGGUUACUGUGGGUUGUGUUUAUCUGCAAGGGUGAGUAUACAUCUCUGCUCUCGGGAAUCCAACCAGGUAAGACCGUUACACCAGCGAAUGCACUGGCGGGAAUCGAAUGAUCGUGCCAUGCCAUUUAUGCAAAUGCACAAAAAUCUGAUUUGCGCUUCUAUAUUCUCUAAUGUUAGUACGGUUGCAGUGUCGUAUUGACUUCCCCUUUUAAAAGCACAAUUUUUUUCUUAUAGGUUUUUCCCCAUAUUACAUCUUUUUAUUUAUCUAUCAAUCUUUGCUUUUUUAGUAGAGAUUUGCUUUGCUAAGGAUAAAAAUAGGACUCUUAUGCAGUUAUGGAUUCAGUUCUCUUCUCCCAGAAAAAACGUCACGCUCUAAGAGACAUAGGUAAGCCAUUCUAUUUUUUUCUGUUACCAAACAAAAUAGUGCCUAUUAAUAAUUGGAAUUCCCUAUGAUGAUAGUUCUAUGGGGAAGAAAAUUAUUUGGAUCAUGCAAGGGAAGUUGCCCUAAAGGAUCCUUUGUGAGGCAAAUGAUGAGAACCUUGUAAAAGGUAAAGUCUCUGCGCAAACUAUCUGAAAGUGGCUACAGACCCAUCUACCCCUGUGCCGUAUAUUAUGCAAUAUCAAACAGGAGGUAUCUCAAGACAUCAUAGAAGCUGUUAAAGCGCAGAUUCUCUGGACAAUUCCCAGUAUGUAUACUUUGAGGAAUCUUUGGAGAUGGAUACAUUCAGAGAUAUAUCUUCGGAUGAGGAUAUUCAGCCUAUUUCAGUACCUCCAAAAUCAGCUCAAGUGGACCAUUUGAUUUCCAGAGUCUGUAUGUCUUUAUAUCUGAAAGAAUCUUCUACGGUUGAGCCUUCUACCUUUAGCCUCUCUUUUUGGAUGUCAGAAGGAACAUAGUAUCCUUUUUCAGUUCUAGGUACCAUUAGGAUCCUUAUUAUGGAGGAAUGGUUCUACAACGAGAGAUGUGUUCAACACAAGGGAGUAUCUUGCGUCUUCAUCCAUUGGGAUAAUAGAUGUUUGUACCUGGGACUCUGCUCCUAAGUGGAUGAUGAAGUACUUGACUAAAAGUUCAACUCUGGCUAAAUGUUCAUCUCUCUGAGACUCCAUGGAGCAUAAAUGGUCUUGAUCCUCUCUAAUUACAUAUGUAGCAGCUGGCACAUGCCUUCAUCUGGCUGUGAACUCUUACCUCAAUCUCUAAGGAUCUAAGAUUGAUAUGGAUAAUUUGAAGGAGCAUAUCAGAGAAUCUUCCUUUUGUCUGUUGACAUUACUAGUCAUUAAGCCGUAAAUAGUCUUCAGCUAAGAAGCUUCCAUAGAUUGUGUUAUACUAGAAAUAUGACUCUUUGUCUACAAGUCGGGCUCUUUGGCUCAGUACCUGGUCCGUGUAUGCCUCCUCCGAGAUGAAUGGCAGAGGGUAGGAAAGCUGGUCUACUGCAAGACCUAAGGUUCACGAGACCAUUUCAAUCCAAGGACUCACAUUCCCUGCCUUCCAGGAUCCAGGUAUUUCGCACCUGGAAGACCGUAUGGUAGAUCUGAACCUUGAGAAGUGGUAAUUCUUCUACCAGAGGAAGAGAAAAGGUAAAAAAUGUAAUUAGGAGCUAUUGUGAGAAAUUUCAAAAGCAGCUAGAACAAAGAUUCUGUUUCCAACAGGUGGAUGGAGAUCCAUUCUAGAUCUACAUAAGUUAACAGGAUUCUUGAACAUUCUUCAUCCUAAAGGCAGUAUUCCUAGUACAUUGGAUGAUUUCUACAGAUUUGCAGGAUGCUUAUUCCCAUGUACCCAUUGCCCCACAUAACCCGAGGUUUCUCAGAUUGCAGUGGAAGGACACUUUUACAUCUUCAUGGUAAAAGAUAAAUGUCUGCUGAAAUCACCUUCAUCCCUCCCAGUUCAGGGUAUAUCUGGGAACAUGAUUUGACACAGUCCAUGGCACAGUACAGCUCUUCAGAAAGUGCAGUAUGACUUAUCAAGUAAAAGGAUAUUGACUGUCUCAUUACCUCAGCAGAGAAAGUUUUCAUCCAUGUCCUCUACCAUAGGUCUAAUAAGAUGGCAAAAGGGAGGACGUUAACUUUACUAUGGAAAUUCCUUGGACAGUGAAAACUAUAAAUACCAUCAACUGGGGUUGAGGAACAUUUCUUCAAAAAUCGAAUAUGUUCAUGAAAGGAGCAUCCUAACAUCAAACACCUCUCUUCUGCAUAGGUGGCAAGAGCCAACAUCGAUAUGGUUUUCACUUCUGUGCAUCUUCUUCAGUACCUCCACGGGGUUUCUCCAAAAGAAUUCAUCUUCCAUCAGGUCCAGUGCUACUCUCCUCUUUCUGAAGGUUUCGAUAUAGAAAAGAAGGGCUUUAAUAUAAGGGUUUUUCAGGUGCAGCAUUAAUACCCUUCUGAAGGCCAGGUAAAACGUAUAUCCUCUGCUACCUUUACAGAGUUGGGAUGCCUUUUUUUCCUGGUCUAUUUCUAAUUAGGUGAUCAUUCAAAUUCCUUCUACCAAGGAGGUCAUAAGUUCUUCAAUCCAGGACUCAUCUAGGAUUUAGCCACAAUAUCUCAGAGGUACAUGUCUCAGCACGCUCUGGUCUCUCUUUUUGUGAAGGGGCUUUGAUAUGGAGGUAUCUAAAUAUCUGUAGGCUGUAUUUAUAUGAUCCCUCAGUUAACCGUUGAUCCUGUGGACUUCUCACCCCUUUUAACCAUGAGACUCUCUCUCCACAACUACUUGAUGUUAAGUUAGCUCUAUCAGUGAUAUUAGCAUUGGGCAAAAGGAUAUCAGAUCUCCAAGCACUAUUUGGAAUUAAAACCCUUUACGGUCAAAAUAUAUAAUAAUCCUCAAUCGGUUCCUGAAUUUAGUCAUAAAGUGGCUGCUUCUCUCCAUAUUAAUGAAGAAAUUAUUCUCCCAGCUCUAAAAGUCUAUUGAUUGGAAUAAAGACUCCGUAAUGAAACUUUCUCUUGUCCUAGAUAGAUGUCUUAAGAUCUACUGCUAUAGAUUUACCAUCUAGAUUUCUUCUGAUAGACAAUUUACCUUUACUAAUGCACCAGGAGAGGUCUUUAUGCCUCUAUAUAAGCCAUCAGCAGAGGGAUAGUCUUGGCUAUUUUCAGGCGACUAAGCCCUAGGGGUUACAGUACCUUAAGGUCUGUUAGCUCUCCACUAGAGCCGUUUCUCCCUCUUGAGCAUCGGUGGCCACGUUUCCCGGGAACUUAUAGGUUAAAUGCCUGAUUGGUCCUCAACCAAUACUUUUUUCAGACAUUUUCUUUGUUACAUUUGAUUAGGUCAAUGUGGUAAUGUGGCAAUAGUGGGCAAUCAGUUUUGUAAUUUCCAAUGUCCUUAUGUCCUUAUGUCUUGUGUAUUUCUUCCCUCCCUUGGUUAUUGCUUGGGUAUUACCCAUCGUUGUGCUGCCAUGGCCAGGAAAAAGGAAAAUGUAUUCCUACUUACCGUAAUUUUCGUUUCCUGACCAUAGGCCAUUGCAGCACAAAGAGCCCCCCUGGGAUAUUGCUGGAAACAAGACUGAGGGUGGGAGGGGUUACUUAUACGUUCUGUUUUAAUUAGGUUCUGGUCUAAUUAGGGAUAGGGAGGAGCUACCCCAUGUUGUGCUGCCAUGGUCUAUGACCAUGAAAAGAAAAGAAAAUUACGGUAAGUAGGAAUAAAUUUUCCUUUAUUAUUUAUAUAGCACCAGCAAGUUCCGUAGCGCUGUACAAUGGGAUGUGAUCUUAUUGUGCAGCUCUUCCACAGAAAUAUUUGGGAUGGGGGCGGCAGGGGAGAGAAGAAGGAACAUUUUUAUUAAAAAAAAAACAAAAAAACGGUUUCUCUGUUACCAAAAACAUCUGACAGUCAGCAGUAGUUAGGACUGGUACAGUUAAUUUCAGUAUGUCAUGUCCAGCGAGUGUAAUCUGAAGGAUAAAGCCAUUGGCCUGCAGUUAAUCUAAUGCACUCUGGAUUAGGUUUCUGAAUUGUACAUUUGGUCAUUACCUCUUGUUGUAUAAACCGACAUGCAGCACUAUUGUUAUACAGGUGUCUAAUUGUCAACCUAUACAUAAAUAAAUGUAAAAAAAUUUUUUAUAUAUAUAUAUAUAUAUAUAUAUAUAUAUAUAUAUAUAUAUAUAUACAUACAUAUAUAUACACAUACAUACAUAUACACAUAUAUACACACACACACACACGUGCAUACCUGUCCAAAUUCCAUCAUCAUUUUGGACAUAUAUAUAAGCUGGACAAAUUUAGAGUGGUAGCAAAAAGUGAAAACUAACUUUUUUUUGGUUGGAAAAUGAUCCAUUUGCCAGGGUAGAACAAUAAGCCACUGAUUUCUCCCUAUUAACAAUUACAGAAGCGCUGUCCAGUCCAGUUUAUCGCUAUGUGGUCACCUACACUCCGUCCCGUCCAGCUAAAAUCGGUAACCUGUUCUCCUACAAGAGCUGGUUUGCUUUCCACAUGCUGGACACCUUGGGGCUAUUCGGAACAUUGGACCACGCAUUAGGAGAAACUACAGUGGAAGAUCGUGCAUUCCAGAGAUUAAUUAGAAAAUACUUCCUUCAUUUUGCCAAGGAAGGUAAGAAACUAAUGUAGGAAGACAAGGAUAAUAGAUUAUACUAAUCUUCUCAAUCUAUAAUUAAAAUUUUGUUUUCAGGAGUUAUGCCGAAUGAAUGGCCGCAGUAUCCCAACUGUACAGCUUUACUGUCCACUGAGCUGACAAUCGAAGAAGACUAUCGCCAUGCACAAUGCUCCUUAUGGCAGAAGUAUGAUAUGUUUCAAUAUGCCUGGAUCAAUUAAUUAGACGGGAAGAUCUAUGGUAUGCAUGCCAAUAAAAAAACAAAAACAAAAAAUUCCACUUGCUGUGCACUGCCGGCUGGGCAGUCAUUCGGCUUCUUUUUGAGUUUGGUAUCUAUCUAUGGACUUACAACAUUAUAGCUUAACUAUGAAACCAGGUGGACUUUUGUAAGAUUCCUCGAGAAACAUGAAAAUAAAUAAAUAUAUUUUUUGUAGAUUUUGGGUGUUAUGGAGUUAAAAAUAAAUUGCAAUAUGAUCCUAAUACUAUAUAUUUUUGGACAUCAGGCAACCUACAGGAACCAGUAUCUGUAGUCGCUGCUGGAGAUUGUAUUGGGUAAAGGAACACUAAAAUACUUGGAAUACAAACCUGUUUGCAGUAAAAAUUUACAAAACAAAAGCUUUUUGCUUAUCUUUUUCGAGUGCCGGGGUUCUUCUGCACUGCUUACCUCUCAACUCACGACAUCAAAGCAGGGGCAUCGCCUCCUACACAAGGGUCCUAUUCAAAGCUCAACAUGUAGGAGAAUUGGGGACCUGAUGCACCUUGCCAUGUGCACGCACUCAAGCUUCCCCUUAGAAAAUAAUCGAAUCAAUGGCAAUGGGAGCUUCCCCAUCACGUGAGCGAGUUUUAGGUCAGCGUUACAGCAAAGUUUUACCUUAAAUGGUUACAUUUACGGGACCACUGCACCCAGGCCACUUUAUUGAGAUGAUUGGCCUCAGUGACUUUGGUGGUCCUUUAAGAUUUAAUUAAUGAAAAUUUAACUACUACGAUGGUUAAGGAUGGCAAGACCUCAG